AAAAUUCCUUUCUAACCAGAAGGCUUGGCAGUGAAUGAGUGAGGACUGCAGUGCUCCCCCCCUGACCAGUCUCCUGCAGCCAUGAUCGCCGGCAGUCUUCUAGUCUGGAUCCAAGUCCUGAUCCUCAGCGUCUCCUGUGAUUCCGGACCCCUGGAAGACGUCGUCAUAGACCGCUAUGACAUCCCCAAGACCUGCCCCAGAGAGGUGCAGAUGGGCGACUUUGUCCGCUACCAUUACAACGGCACCCUGAAGGACGGGCUGAAGUUUGACGCCAGCUAUGACAGGGGGAUCGCAGUUGCUGGGUUUGUUGGCAUUGGACGUCUCAUCACUGGCUUGGACAGAGGGAUUCUGGGUAUGUGCGUGAAUGAGAGGAGAAAACUAGUUGUACCGCCACACCUGGGAUAUGGCAGCAUAGGCGUGCCCGGGAUGAUCCCUGCAGAUGCCACUCUCUACUUUGACAUCAUCCUGGUGGACGUCUGGAAUAAGAAGGACGACAUUCAAAUCGCAACUCUGGAAAAACCCAGCAAUUGUAACAGGACCGUGCAGGACUCUGAUUUUGUCAGAUACCAUUAUAAUGGAACCCUGCUGGAUGGCACUUACUUUGAUUCAAGCUACAGCCGUUCUAGUACAUAUGACACCUAUGUUGGAUCCGGCUGGCUAAUUAAAGGCAUGGACCAAGGCCUAUUGGGCAUGUGUGCUGGAGAGUUGAGAAAAAUCACCAUCCCUCCAUUUCUGGCUUACGGAGAAAAAGGAUAUGGAACUGUCAUCCCUCCACACGCCUCUCUGGUCUUUCACGCCCUUCUGAUUGACUUUCACAAUCCAAAAGACGGGAUCACCUUGCAGAACCAAGUUGUCCCCCAGCCGUGUAAGCGCAAGGCAGUUACAGGAGACUACGUCCGCUACCAUUAUAAUGGCACCCUUAUGGAUGGAACGUUGUUUGACUCCAGCUACUCAAGAAACUCCACAUACAACACGUACAUCGGAAUGGGCUACAUUAUUCCUGGCAUGGACGCUGGCCUGCAGGGCAUUUGUGUGGGAGAGUGGAGGAGAAUAAUCAUCCCACCACAUCUUGCAUAUGGGGAGAAAGGAGCAGGAAACAGCAUUCCUGGAUCGGCCGUGUUGGUUUUUGAUGUCCAUGUGAUCGAUUUUCACAACCCCAAAGACAAUGUCAAUAUUGAGGUGACCUAUAAACCAGAGGUGUGCAACGUUACUUCCCAAAAGGGCGAUUUCAUUGAGUAUCACUACAACUGCUCUCUGAUGGACGGAUCUCUGAUCUUCUCCUCGAAUGAUUUUGACACCCCCCAGCAGAUCACUCUGGGAGCAAAUAAAGUUAUAGAUGGCUUGGAGAUGGGUCUGACUGGGAUGUGUGUUGGAGAGAAAAGAUCCGUCAUUGUCCCCCCACAUCUGGGACAUGGGGAGAGUGGAGCUCGCGGAAUCCCCCCCAGCGCUGUAAUGAAGUUCGAAAUAGAGUUGUUCCACAGAGAAGAAGGGGUCCCGGAGGGUUACCUGUUUAUCUGGCUCGCGGACACUCCAGAUAACCUCUUUGAAAUAAUGGACUUGGACAAGAAUGGCGAGGUUCCAUUGGAAGAGUUCUCCAAAUUCUUAAAGUCUCAGGUAGAGGAAGGGAAGGGCCGCUUCGUACCAGGAGUAGACCGCGAAAAGUCCAUUGCCGACAUGUUCGGAAAUCAAGACCGCAACCAGGAUAACAAGAUCACAGCCGAUGAGCUGAAACUGAAGACGCAGGAAGAGGCAGAGCGAGUUCACGAAGAACUAUAAAGGACAUAGCGCUGAGGAAUCAGAGAGGCCACUGGGAGACUUGAGGCCUAUCUUCUAGUGCCUUCUAAUCUCGCUGGUGCGAGAGGCCAUGUCUGCGGCUACUUUAUCCCUUUUACAGAAGAGGCUUUAAUAUGUUACGGUGCGCGGUGUUACCGGGCACACCUGCCUGUAAGGGGACAAUUUGGCAGCUGUGCAGAGUACAAUCUACAAAUUAUUUCAUGAGCAAUAUCGUCAUAGUGUCUGAGAUGGACUCAGCAUCCCGGCAAGAGGAAAAUUCAACGUGUUUCAAGUUCGAGUGCCAAAGACAGUCUUUUUUUUAGUUUUGUCUUCCAAAUUAGCUAGUGAACACAGAGCCUUCAUAUUUUGUUAAAGGAUUAGACUCAGACUCAUUUUCUCCCAUUUUUACAUUUUCCUGUUCACGUUUAUUUUUUUUGUCCAUGCCGACGUUGCACAUAGCAAGCAUCCAAAGAACAUCUCCUUGACUGUUUCCAAACCCCCUCCAAACUCCGAUAUUGUGUCCGAGAGGAUGUAAAUGUUAUUUUUGCAAUGGAAAUUCAAGGUCUAU